UGUCUGGGACGUGCUGUUAUUCACACUAAACUGAAGGGUAUUUUGUUGAAAAAUGUCCUAGGUUGGUAUGAAGAUGAAGUUUUUCAUGUGAACGCGUUUGGAUUUCCGCCUACUGAGCCUUCUGCUACCACUAGAGCCUACUAUGGAAAUAUAAACUUCUUUGGAGGGCCAUCUUCAGCUUCAGUGAAGGCUUCUGCAAAACUAAAACAGCUGCAGGAAGAAAACGAAGAUGCCAUGUUUGUAUUUGUUUCUGAUGUAUGGCUGGACCAAGCAGAAGUGCUGGAAAAGCUUCAUACCAUGUUUGCAGGUUAUUCCUCUGCACCUCCAACCUGCUUUUUCUUUUGUGGAAAUUUCUCAUCUGCACCAUAUGGAAAAAAUCAAAUCCAGGCACUGAAAGAUUCUUUGAAGGCACUUGCAGAUAUAAUAUGUGAAUAUCCCAGCAUUCAUAAAGGUAGCCGAUUUGUGUUUGUUCCUGGCCCUGAAGACCCUGGUCCAGGUUCUAUUCUACCACGACCUCCUCUGGCUGAAAAUAUCACUCAGGAAUUCAGACAGUUGGUGCCAUUUUCAUUUUUCACCACAAAUCCUUGCAGGAUUCAAUAUUGCACACAAGAAAUAAUUAUCUUUCGUGAAGAUUUGGUAAACAAAAUGUGCAGAAACUGUGUCCGCUUCCCUAGCAGCAGCAUGGACAUUCCUAACCACUUUGUAAAGACUAUAUUAUCCCAAGGGCAUCUGACGCCGCUUCCGCUUUAUGUCAGCCCUGUGUACUGGGCCUACGACUACUCCCUGCGGGUGUAUCCUGUGCCAGACAUGCUCGUGAUCGCAGACAAAUACGACCCCUUCACUGUCACCAACACUGACUGCCUUUGCAUCAAUCCUGGUUCAUUUCCAAGGAGUGGUUUUUCAUUCAAGGUGUUCUACCCCUCCAAUAAGACAGUUGAAGACAGCAAGCUCCAGGGUCUCUGAAUUUCUGCAAGACUGCAAAAAAAGAAUAAGCAUUUGCGAAUUUACUGUAGUACUUGUUUUAGAUGGAUUUAUUUUAUUAUGUAUUGCUGACUACUCACAGUAAAUGUCAAAGCUAAAACUAGUAUAUUUUGUAAAUAAAGAAACUUUUACA